AGCAGAAGCAACCCGUGCUUGGAGAUCCUCACCUAGUCAACAGGUCGUAGGCCAAGAUGAAACACGUUAUCCUGAGCCUCCUUUUCACAGCUUGCUGUGCUGUUCCAAUGGAUCUAUCAGGUAAAAUGUUUGUCUUUCCUGAGGCGUCUGCAACUGCUCGUGUUCAGCUCCUGCCAACAGGAAGUAACUUCACAUCAUUAACAGUCUGCUUCAGGUACUUCACUGACCAACCUCCUAGCUACAGCCUCUUCUCCAUGGCCAGCAGUGCUAGUGACAACGACUUCUUGAUCUUCGUGUCGAGCAGUGGCCCUUUUGACGUGUUUACCCGUGGUCAGGUUUCUAGAUUUCAGGGCAUCUCCAACGAGCAGAACACCUGGUACUCCAUGUGCAGCACCUGGGAUGGCAACUCCAGGCUGGUCCAGCUCUGGACCAACGGCUCCCCCAGUGCCAAGAGGGCUGGUUUCCAAGGCAACUUAGAUGGAAGCCCAUUCAUAUUAUUGGGACAAGAGCAGGACUCUGUGAAUGGGGGGUUUGACGCUGCUCAGUCAUUUGUGGGGAUGAUCACUGAUGUCCACAUGUAUAAUUACGUGCUCUCUCCGUGUGAGAUCCAGGCCUUUACCAACGACCUAAAUUUCACCCCUGGAAAUGUGAUCAACUGGAGGGCCCUUGAGUUCAUCAGCACUGGCACUGUUGUACUAGACAACAAUCAGCUAACUGGCUGCUACAAGGGUCAGUCUUGAUCCGUCUGUUGAUCACAGUGCUGUUGCUAGGCAUGGUGAGGCCUUGGGUUAGGGACCUCCUAUCCUUAACGCUCACCCAGAAAAUAUCAGCGUCUUAUCACAUGUAAUGCCAAUUAUAAUCAUGAAUCAUCUUCUCUUACAGCCUUUAAUUCUCAGAUCUGCACCUCUGAUUAAUGAGCACACACUCAAGUCAAUAGUCGCAUGCCUUUUGUCUGAAGCUCCACUGUUCAGACCUCUCAAUAAUGCGAUGCUAUUCCACUGAUAAUUCAAAUGACUGGUAUUCUAAGCCAAAUUCUGAGGCCGAAUCAGGAGCCUACUCUACAUGUUCUCAACUGCCAUCACAGAUUACGGAUAUUAAUGAGGAGAAUAAUAAUGAGUAAAUCGUGUAUAAUUGGGAGUAAUAAGGUUUCCAUGUGCUUUAGCUAAAUGCAGCCAUUGAAUGAAAGAAAGCGAGUAGCAGGUAUAAAACCCAACAACAUCCUUUCAAGUAUUUAAGACUUAUCAGUGAACCAUCAAAUAGGUUACCUCCAAAGAUAUGAAAUGGAAAUGGUCGGAUUAUUGAGAGGUCUGACCAAAGACGUUUCAGAGAGGUGUGCA